AGAGGGAGGGAGAAGAGGAGAAUAGAGGGACAGCAGGACCAAACUCCCUGCCUUCUUUUCCUCCAGUGCUCUGUCCUUUCUUUCUCUCAGUGACUCCAGACUGAGAUCUACAGAGAGGUGAGUUCAACUUUAUCAUCUUUUUCUUUACUUCUUCACCUUUUAUCAUUGUCUGCUUUCUUCCAUCAGUCAAGCUUUCAUCCUGCAGCUGCAUCAUGUCAUCAUCUUUUAUCCCUUUUACUCGCAUUAUUUGUUUAUGGCUUUAAUUUCUUUUAGAGCAGCAUGUCAACAGAUUUCAUGCGAUGAGAUAUCCCUGCAGUCAUCUCGAUCUGCUCUCUUCCUGCACCUUAUCUCCUCACAUCACCCCCUCACUUGGAAGAAAAGGUUUUCAGGGCCGGUUGAAGCAUGAAUUAAUCAUUGCUCAUUAACCAAAACGUCUCUGACACUCGUAGACCUGCUGCUUUAUUUAUGUGUGAGAACAUUUUUAUGACUGUGUUUAUUUGCUUUUGUGUCUGUUGGCUGGAGGUAUGCAGCUCAGCUUGAGGGUUUGCGGAAAGCCAAAGUUUCCGUUGGCUGGAUGGAGGGCUACUUUUAGCGUCGGUUAUUACUCCCUGUGCUCUGACUGGUCCAGACUGACUGCUACACUUUUAGCACGUUUCUCCAGCCUUUAACUGUCCUUUAAAUGACUCUGAUUAUUUAAACGGAUAAUAACAUCUAUCAAUCUUUCCUUUUACUGUGGAAUGCCCCAGCAGCUUUAGAAGAGGAGUUUCUAAUUAUAUGUUGAGAGUUUUGGAAUGUGAGUUUCAUGGCUUUGUGUGCUUUGUUGGAUUUUUGUGGUAACGCAUGUAUAUUUAGGAGCUCUUGCUUUACAUGCAUCCCUGUACUGUUUCACUUCUCUUCAUCUAAUACCACACAGCUUCUAUUUUAUUCCCAUGAACGCUCCCUCACUCUGCAUUGUGUCUUUGUUUUCCUUCAGGAUGCUGUGCCUCAGCUCCCUGUCCACACUCCUCCUCCUGCUUCUCAUCUUACCCCCCCAGCUGGCCGCCCAAGAGGUGCAUGUGCGUCUCGCAGGCGUGGGCCGACGCGGUGAACAUGAGGGACGUGUGGAGGUGUACUACAAUGGUGCGUGGGGCACAGUGUGUGAUGAUGAGGUGGACCUUAACCUUGCCAAUGUGGUGUGUCGACAGCUGGGCUACCAGCGGGGCCUAACUUGGGCGCACAGUGCCAAAUUUGGAGAGGGUCAAGGUAUGUUCAGUCAAAGAUCUGAGAGAUAAACUUUUGUUUCAGUUCAAAGACACUCAAUCAACUUCUCCCACAGGUUUGAUCUGGUUGGAUAAUGUGCGCUGCAAAGGCACUGAGCUCUCUAUCGCAGAGUGUCGCUCCAAUGGUUGGGGAAUCAAUGACUGCACUCACUCUGAGGACCUGGGGGUCAUUUGCAGUCAUCAGAGGAGGAACGGUAGUCCCUCUUCCUCCUCACAGCCAGCUCCUUCUUCCUCAAGAAACCAACCAAGAUCCCAGUCUGUGUCCCCUCCAAGUUAUCCUCCAGCUCCAGCCCACAUCUCUUCCUCCCCUGCAAGAGGCCAUGAGAUUGCCAUCAAUCGCGGCACAUCCGCUUCCCGUCGGAGCAGCUUGUCACCACAGGAAAACGGCCACGAGAUCCAGAUCAUGCGAAGAAAUCGAGGAGGUUCUCGGCCGGUGUCACAUGCAAGCUCAGUCUACCCACAGGGACACCAGCUUCCCUCUCAUCUGGCAAACGGUGCAUCCUACAGGCAGAGGCAGGAGACAGCGAGAAGCAGUCCACAGGCAGUGAGGAGAGAGGCAGAGAUAGACAGGCAGAACCAGAACCGUAGGAAUGACAGGCAACAGCAGCUCAGUGGGAACCAUGUUGAACCAGACCCUGUGUAUCCAGACAUGGGACUGGAGACUGAUGCACAGAACAUACAGGUAAAAAAAGAAAAGAAAAAUCAAACACACAAACAUUGACAAACACAACUUCUACCAAAACCGAAGAAGAAGCCCAGUCUGGCUUUAUUCGGACAACCAUAAAUAAAUGACAUUUGUGGAGCCAGGAGACAUCUAUAAUUAGAGACAAAUUUAGCUCAGACCUUCUUACGAUCCAACAGCAUAAUGGCUGCAGGUUUGCACAGGGCUGUAGAUCUUUUUAGCUGCUUCACCAAUUUGUAAUUAUCAUGACACCCAUGCCAACACAUUAAACAAACUAUUGGUUUCCUUCCUGCACCCCACAAUUCAUAAUAAAGAUGAUUAGAGAGUGUGAUGAUUAGAGACUAAGCAUGUCAUCUUAUCUUAACGUUGUUCUCGGGAUUGCGUGCUGUCUGUUGAUAUACAGUUAAACAAAGUCAUGUUUAUUGUCUUAAGUUCAUCCUGUUUUAUUGUGCAUGACAAGAACUCAGUUGAUGUCGGUUUCGAUAGAGGCCUUUAAAAGGGGAGAGAGGCCUUUGCUGUCCUGAUGGAGGGCACUGGUUAAAAUAAAAUGAGUUUUUAAGGAUAAAAAUGUUUUAUUUUCAAGUACAAAUUGACUUUCAAAAACUGGGGAAACUGUGUUUUCUCACGGACAGGGAUCUGAAAGAGUUCACUUAGAGGAGGCUCGUCUCAGGCCUGUGCUGUCCGGCAACCAUGGUGGCCUGGUGACAGAGGGAGUCCUAGAAGUGAAGCAUGCUGGGAAGUGGCGUCAUGUGUGUAACCAUGGCUGGGACCUCAGUAGCAGCCGUGUCGUCUGUGGCAUGUUAGGAUUUCCCACUGCUGAGGCGUUUGACCAGAAUGCCUACAGGUGAGUAUGUGAGAGUGGACACAGCAGAGAAAGUGGGGAGGACCAGAACAGACAAAAAGUAGUGUGUGUAUGUGUGUGUGUGUAUGUGUUUGACUCUGUGUGUGUGUGGUUAUAAAAGGGAUGGAAAACUGUGGUAGACUACACAUCCCUUCAAGCAUUAGACGACCCCGUGCCUGGAUGGCUGUUCCAUCCCCGCUGUAGUAGAGGUUAACCUCAACUGCUGUCAUUAGUUAAACCGCACUUGGCUCAACUCAUCCACUGCGGCAUCGGCUGAGCCCAACCGUCCACCAGGCCUGUCUGUCUCUCUGACUGAGUGGGCCUGAAUGGAGACCUUUAAAACAGUCUUAGAGAGCAUGUUAUUAAUGUCGGAUCCAGACUACCAGAUUAGUAUCAUCAUCAUCAUCAUGGUGUGUGUCUUUUCAUGAAACCUCCAUUACAUGGUUUCCAAUCCUAUAAUUAAGAAACCCCCCAGUGAAAACUGUAAGCAACAGCACUUUCUAAUGUCGAGAGGAAUGUCUGAACAUUUCAGAGCUCACUUCUCUUCACCAAAGAGAGACAAACAUUUACUGCAGUCUGAUCAUUUCUAUAAUCAAAAUAUUAGUUCAGAAUUUUUUAAAAGGGCAAAAUUAAAUAAUAAAACAGAACAUUUUCUUAUGUUAACACUUACUAGUGGUCAUCUAUAAUCACAAAUAACCAUAUUUUUUUUAAAUCUAGCCAAGAUUUUUUUUUAAAUCUAAAAAAUUAUUCCUUGGGUGUCAGUGUAGAAGGAAUAGCCUGGUGACAAACCAUAGGGUGUAUGAAAAAUGGUCAAAGUCUCAGCGUUGUUCCCCACUUGAUUUUGAGGAGGCACAGUAAAGCUUUGAAAUAUUGCUCACCAAACGCUGACGCCAACCAACUUCUUGUCCAGUUAGAAACUAAGAGUCCAGGCCAGGAAACUCAAAAUGAAUGAGUGACAAAAAUUCACCCUGCAGUUGUAAUGCAUGAAUGGAUUAUAGAAACCAAAGCUUUUUGGCCUAACCAGGCUGUGAACAUAUAACAUAUAACAUAUUACACACAACUGCUGUAAAAUGGGCUUUUUAAUAAUGGGGUUCCUUUGGCUUUUGGAGCCAGCCUCAAGUGGGCACUUAAAGAACUGCACAUUUUUGGGCCUGACUAAUUAUCACUCUUCUCUGCAGUUUCCUUUUGCACGACAGCACAGUGUAAGGUCUUUUUAGGUCAAUGUUUUUUGUUUUUUGUUAUUUCAACUCUGCAAUUUCACUGCUUUGGCUGACUCCGGAGUCUGUUAGGCUCUAUUUAUUAGAUACUGCAUGCAACAGUUGGCACCACCUACCCAGCAACAAACAUCAGAUAAGGUUAGCAGCAAGCUGAUGAGCAAAAAAGUUUUUAAAUCAACUUAUACCCUCAGGCUUUGUGUGACACCAUGAAAACUAGGAAGUGAAACAAAUCGAUGACAGCCUUGCUUUAUAGCUGCUGACAAUGCUAACAGCCAAGCGUCUGUGAACAUAUUAUUCACAAUGCAGAGAGUAACAGCCAAUGUUGUAUUUUGCAGGGGCAUAUCUAGACUGUUCUGACUAAUGUGGCCCCCAAUGGAGCACUUGGGUAGUGGAGGGUGUGAACACAUUAAAAUCAAAUGGCAGUCAGUACAUUUACAUGAGUUAACUGCACGAGUCUGACUGAAAUCUCACUAAAUCGUACUUCUCAAAGUCAGACAUACUUUCCUAGAUAAUGUGGUGGGGGUGUUUUUUUCUGUCAUGUAGACUCUUCCAUAAGACUGAAACUGGCGUAAUUGUUCAGUGCACACUCAAGAGUUUACAAAACCUUAACAGAUGAAGAAAAGACACAAGAAAGAUUCAAAUGUUGCGUUGUAUGCACAAAAGGUUCAGCGCUGUAGAAUAACGAUGUAUUCAGCCUUCAGUUUACAUCCUGUUGGCCACUUGGAAAACCCCUUUUGUCGGCUGUUUUUUCUGGUUCAUACAAGGUCAACUGGGAGACCACCUGGCAAUGAGCUGAAAGAGGGCAAGUAGCCACCUACCGUAGCUGUGGUAGACACGUAUUCUAUUCUUGCCCAGCACUUGUAAUCUGGGAUUGACAGCAAUGUAGAUAAAUCACCUUAUCAAGCCAUAACUGUGACUCGACUCAACUGUCCCUGUAAACUACAUGAUUUUUUCAUCAUUUCUUUAUCCACAAAUCAUAUCCACCCUAAAAUUUGGGAUUGUGUCAGAAAUAGCCAAUCAAAAUUCAAGUGGGAGUGGACCCACCCCAGGAGACAGUUCUGGACGCACCCCCUGGUUUGGCAUGUUUCAGAUGCCCAUAAAAAUUGCACUUGGUGCUAGAUUGAUAGAUAUACAUACCUUUGACUAUGUUCACACAGUAUUUCAAUGCAAACACUCAAUGACGAGUUCUUCUUUUGAGACUUACCAGUUUUAUUUGUAAGUUGUUAUUAGCUGAAAAAAAACACAGCUUUUAAACAAGACAAAAAUCGUUUUCUUUUUUGAAUUAUAGUAUCUAUGCCAUAGUAACAAAGUACUACAGUCCUGUGUGAACAUUUAGUCUACCGCAUAAAGAGAAAGUUUCCUACAGAACCUAUUGAAUACAAGACAGUGACUAAAGAAGCUAUGUAAAGAAAUAAAAAUAAAAAUUCUCAUUUCUCUAUUUUAACAUAUUUCAAUUACUCCUUUUGUCCUUCAAACACAAAAUCAUUGGCUCAACUCUGAAUGUCAGGUUAUGGUGGUGGUCCAACUCAGCACAGAAGGUUUUAUGACUUGACUGAAAGUCAUAAAUAUCUACUGAAACAUCUUCAAAAACCUUCAAAGCCAUUAUGCACAUACCUGCAGAACCCAAAUACCACUUUUACAAACGAAUGCUAAUGCAUUUCACCCUCUAACCUCAUUGCACAGUUUCUUAUGAGUCCUUACAGCUCAUAGGAGAUCCACAUGCGCACACAAGUAAACAUGUAUGCUUGUUCAGACAAGAACACAACCCUCUGUGUCAGUCUGUCUGCCCACAGAGGUCUUUUUUUGGCUCGGCCAACAGGACGACUGUACUGACCACUGGCCUGCCCCACACCAUCUGUCCUGAAUGCUGCCAAUAAUUACCCCUUGUGUCCUGCUCCGCUCUGCUAUUUAACUUCUCCUCAGCUGCCCUGAUCACCACCUUGGCCACAGUCUUGUUAUGAGAGCACUUGAAUUCAUGUAGUCGUGUAAUUCAGGUACAGAAAUGGGUGAAAGUUAUCUCUAAAAUGGAUUUGGUUAUUUUUACGUCGCUCCUUCAUUUUUGUCUGGUUGGGAUGCUUUAAGUCAACGAAACUGCAAGCACCUUAUCGAAAACGUGGCCAAACUUGGCUGUCCAUCAUGCUAACUUACUAAACCUUAUGCUAAUGUGAACAAAAACACUGAAAAACACAUCAGAGUUGUCUAGAGAAACAUCAUAUUUCUAUGCCCAAAACCCAACCAGCCGCUUGUGUAAAGACAGGACCAGGCUAGGGAAUGUUGUUGGUUUUUUCGUCAACCUCCACCCAGCUUCGUGGGAGAUGAAAGGGGCGGCCAAUUUUGUCCGAAGUAAACAGCCGUGGGAAGGACAGCAUAUUUUUUUCCAAGAAUGAAGCAACAUGAUGUGAAUCUUUGGCAUGUGGUGCCACAUGUGUUUGCAUAUUUUGAAGUCAAAACAGACUGCUAAUUCAAAAAACCUUUCCUGCCAUAUAAAUUUAGUCAUAUUUUAUCCAAAGUGACUACAGCGAUUUUACUUUGUCUAGCAGAAAAGCUUUAUGAUGUGAUGUCAAUCACUGGGUCCGUCACUUAAUCAACUACUAUUGUUCAAAUGAAAGAGAAACCCACACGGCCGUAGAAUAUGGAUCAGACAAAUAAAUUCAGAUGAGGACAGACCACAUUUGGUUUGUCCCAGAGUACACUGGUCACACCACAUUUCCCAACAACCAAUGGAUGACAUUAAUGGUCACCAAAGGACCAAACCUGGAAACAUGGUGGUUUCAUAAUCUCAGAACCCAAUGCUUAAGAUGAUUGAGCUCCAGGAAGUAAUGGCCAAUUUAUUGUGUGCAGCCAGAUGUUAGGGAAAUGGGACUUCCCAGGAAAUGCCCCCCAGGAAAAAUUGUAACAAGGACUCUCACCCUUAAAUCAUGUUCAGGUCAAAGAUUUGAUUCCUCCAUUUCUAAAACCUAAUAAUACCCCCAUUAGCCUCACUAAAUGUUAACAGUACACUUUUAUACCUGCUAAAACCAGCCUGUUAGUGUCAGCAGAGAUGUUAACCUGUUGAUUCUGGCAUCUUGCUUUCAGGCCAGCUCAUACAGCAGCUUUUGUUUUAUUUAUUCAUAUUAGAUGAUAAUCAAAUCUUCUAGGUGGUGCCCACUGUUCUGGCUGAGGUCCAUCCCUGCUCUUCUUCUGAGUUUUUGUCCUCUGAGACACUUGCAAUUAUGGUUCGAGAGAUCCUCUAAUCUAGUGUUUUCUCGACUAAACCUACUGCACACCCUUUGCUGUGUCAGCACAUCUCUCUUCGGCCAUGUGGUUGUUUUUUUCUGCAUGUGACUGCCUUUGUCUCAGCCUGUUAAGUUGCUCAGCGCAUUUUUACAGAUGUUUAAAUACUGCUCUUACAAAGGGCCAGUGUUUAAGCUUUUUUCCACAGCUCCCUUGUUUCAUCACAUCUACACUCUCUUUGAGGCUGAGUGUGACUUGUUCAGUUCUUUUCAUUUACUUCUACCCCUUUCUCCUUCUCUCCUCCUUCAGUCACAGCUUUUUUUUUUUUUACAGUCUUUUAAUGCCUUUGAGGCAAUUAUACUAAAACCCACAUUUCAUGGAAAGUACAUCAUUAUGACCCCUUUUAGUUUUCGUUCCACUGAGGAUGGUGGGACUGUCUAGAGGCUGUUGUGCAGUCAGUGUGGCAACCUGCUGUCUCCUGGGAGAGUGAUUGUUCCAGUCAGGCAGCUUUGCAUUCAUGCAGUAUAAUAACAGGUAAUCUGACUGUCAGCUCCUCUCUACGGUGUGGCUUAUGGUAUUGUGUGGUCAGAGUUGCAUAAAAAAAAAUCCUGGCAAUGAGCUUUGGAUCUUGAGAAGUAGAGCAGUUAUCUUCAGGUUAGAGGAGUUUGGUAGAGUUGCAGUCACAACCUGUUAGUCCUGCCUGAGGCCUGAUGCUGUGGUUCACUUCCCUUCCUUUAAUUCACUUUAUAGUCGACAUGAAAUCUAACUCAGCCUCCAUGACCUGUGUUUUUGUCCUGACAAAGAGCAACAUCCAUUUUACUUUAGCUGUCAGCAGGACAGCUGAAAUGAAUCUGAACGAAAACCAAAAGAACAUGCUUUUCUUCUUCCUGUAAAGUUAAGCAAUGCUCAUAAAAGUUGCCCAGUUCACAGAGAGCUCUUCUUACAUCACUUUGCUCCGUGUUUCCCAGCACGCACUUAUAGAGUUUAGCAACAAUGCUAGGGUUUUAAAGAGCUUUGUUUUUUUUACAGAGGUAAAGGCAGGGAAAGUGGAUAUGUACGUGCAUAUUUGCAUGUCUGGUGUGUGUGAACCAACAUGCUACUGCUCGACCGCACAGCAGACACUGCCAAGCACAGCAGGCAAUUAUAUGGGUAGCACUCACUCCCCCUUUCUCCCCUCCUCUCCCACUCCACCACAGCCUCCCUAUCUCUCCAAUUAUGAUUUAACACUGACUUAUGGAAUCUUUUCACACUGUGCAGACAUGCUUACAUACAGAUUUACUAGUUUAAGAGGAGUUCAUGCUACUAAAGGGUACAUUUUUGAGUGGGGUUGUGUGAGGUAUUUAACAAUAGUAAGGGUAUCACUCACAGGGGAUGACAGUCAGCUCAGUCCAGUUACAGAUAAGGCAAACAACCAGCACAGGAGCUGGGCUACAUGGCCACAGACGGAGUUAAUUUUACCAAGUAAUUGGCUUAUUUUAAGAAAGUCUGCCCCAAACACCAUGUCUGUGUGAGUGUGCACAUCUGUGUUGUGUCUGCAAAUAGUGCUUAAACAAAGCGGCUUUCUGGGGCAAAGUAAGAUGACUUAAAAGUCUCUAAACAUAGCAUCCAGCUACACUGACAUUGGUAUUUGGGUCGGAUUUUCUCAAAAUUAGUUAAAUGGUGUUGACCUUGUCUGCCUGGCUUUUGUGCUGUAUACCUUAUACAACCCCUUUAAGAAAAAAAAAAAUGGAGAUAAAAAAACAACAACACUUACACCUUUUAACAACCCAAAACAAUCAGGUGUAGUAGGAAGGCAGGGACAAUGGAUAAAACAAAGAGAGGACACAGAGACAAUAAAGCAAAAUGGAUAGAUGAGAGCCAGUAUUGCAAAGAAGUAAAGAAAGCUGAGCACUACACACUCGGCAUCAAACAACUGGCGGAUAGAGUUUGUAACUAGCUUGUGAACACUGUGGAUCAUUGAGCUGCUAAAGAACUCGAUAAUUUACUUAGUUGUUGGUGGAGAACAAUAACUAUGAUAGAAGGGGAUGGAUAGUCAACUUAUAUUUAUGACAUGGUAAGAAACUAAAUAAAUUAUGCUGCCGUUGAGUGUCUACUCUGCAGCAAACUCUCGAGUUCAAAAGUUAAACAAGCCAAGUGCAAAAAACUGCAGUUCCUAAAAUGUCCACUUGGGGAUGGCCCCAAAGGAAGCUCUGUUGGAGUCGACAUGGAAAAGCCCACUCUCACUGCCAAAUUUAACGUGUUCAAAACUCGGCCCAAAACAGUUUUCAUUUCUAUAUUUCAUGCCCUUCUUCAUCACAACUGUGCAGGUAUUAAGGUUAUUAUGACUCGCCUAUUUAUUAAUUUAUUAAGGCCCAGAAUUAUGCAUACUUAGGCUAAAUCAGAGGUGUGGCUACUUUGACUGAUAUACAGAUGUGUUGAAGGCAUGCCUGGGCUCUGCCCUUUUGCCUUUUCCUAGAUCAGUUGUCUCUAAAGUGGGGGCUGGACCUUUUAAGUAAGGUCGUGAGACACUGAUAGAAAUGGUCAUCCAAAACAGAGUAUUCUAUGCACCAUUGUUGUUUUUCUAUUAAUAAAGAAAUUUAGCAAAAGUAGCUCAAGUCCUCUUUUUUCUGUACAACUCCAUUUUUAAAAGUUGUUAGCAUGUUUUCAAUGAUUGACACUUGAUACAGCCUAUGGGCGUAUGAAUGGGGGAUACAUUGUUUGAGCCAAGUGUCAUCACAGCGACUCUCCCAUCGAACGCUACUGCGUAAAUGACAGUUUCAGGAAAUAGAGAAAAUCCCAGAAAUACCAAGAGCAAUAUGGCUUCAAAUACGUACAAUGACGGGAGGUGGAGCCACAUUGUCCAUACUGUAUAUAGUCUAUGGUAAUAAGCCAGUAAGAAACUCGCAGAGGUACACAGACUCACCUGUGUGUGUGCUUAUUUAAGUGUCCAGGCACUGCAACAGUUUUAACAAUAUUAUUGUCCUUUAGCUGUGCCCAUCUGUGUUGUUCUCAAGUCCAUGUCUGGAUUUGCCUUUUCGUAGCAGGCAGCUUAGUUUGACAGAAUACUUCGAGCUCUGCAACCACAAGAACUAUGAAGAAACUGAGGGUCUUUCACCAGUUUCAGUUUAUUGGUGUAAGAAGGAAAAACAGUGAAACUUAUCUACCAUAGGAGGCCUCCUGUCUGCACCGCACUUGUGGUCUAAACGACAUUUUCAACAGCUGAACUCAAGCAAACAUUGCAAAGUAAUGAUAUGAAGCAGUGUAGGCUUAUCUGAGAGUGGAAAGUUCCCUUUACUCUGAAAGAAAUCCCUUCGCUGCCUGGCCUGAUGGUAAAUGAUUUGCAGCGCACAUGUUCCAUACUGUGGGUUUUUCUGGGUCAUAAUUCCUAUUGUGGGUUUCCUUACUGGCCCUUCCAGCUUCAAACACAUCCUUCAUUUAAUGCAGGAACUGAGCAAAACAGUGGAAUAGCAGGAUACUGGGGUUCUCCUGGAGAGGAAACAUGUCCAGUUUUAGUCUCUCAAAUAUUUAAUAGCAUCAUGACUCUGGUUGCACAGUAAACCCUCCUCCUGUCUAAACUUGGUGUUCUGACUCACUUAAUUCAGGCACGUUCAUGAAGGGCGUCAGUCACAUUGCACCUGUCUGUGGUCUCUCUGCCCGAUGCAGGCGGUCAGCUCUCAUGUGUAUAUGUGUGUGUGUCACAGAGAGACACUUCCCAGACUUUGCCUGGUUUGUGAAUCAUUCUUUUUAUUGAAUCCUCGUUUUUUCUCUCUCCUUUAUUAGGAUUUAACAUGUGGUGUGUGUUUGCGCCCAAGAGUAGGGGGCAUCAUUUCAUGUAUACACUUGCUGUUUCCCUCCAGUACUUGACUCUAGUUUCAGGCAAUAUUCUUGAAACUCGACACAGUUUACAAAACCCUGUUGGAGUUGGCAGACCUCAACAAGGCUUCUCGCAGGGACUAAUGUAUAGUGGCUUGUUCAUAAUUUUGGCUCUUUCCACAUUGAUGCUCCAAACCAGACGCCACUGUAGACAUAUAGACAAACACUGAAACAGAAAUACCCGUGUACAAAUGUUAGGUUAAAAAGAGAGUCACAACAAGAGGGUGGUUAUUUGAGAGGAAAGAAGGGGGAAAGGAGUUAUGUGAUCCCGUAUUGUACAUCUCAAUCCUUCUUUCUUGCUCACUGUCUUUUACGUGAGGACUAUGUUUAUCCUCAAGUGCACACACCCUUCCCAGUUUGUUGUUUGCCAGUUUGUUUAUUCAAGGUUUGAUGGACAGAAAAGAGUAGGGAAGAAAGGAUGAAUGAGGACGAAAGAAGAGAUUGUGCUGGAGGAAAGAGCAGACUGUGGAGGUGUACAGGAAUGCUGUUUGUUUAGUCUACUCAGUGUAUGGAUGCUCAGUUGAAACUCCAAUGACCAUAUUGUCUGUUUUUCAGGAAACUGUGGGACUCCAAGUUGGCUGACCCAUCCUCCAGGUAUAAAUCCAGCUGCUUAUGGAAGGAUAUAGCUUUGUAACAUCUGUAAAAUAGCAGAUAAAUCACAGAUGUGCCACAUAUCCUUCUCCUCUGUCUUUCCUGCUCAGGCUGAGGACACAAAUCAGUAAAAAGGCUUACUGGGUGGAGAAGGUGCAGUGUCAGGGAGUGGAGCCCUCUCUGUCGCAGUGUCAAGCCCUGCUGUCAUUGCCCAGGAGUGAUGUCCCGUGCAGAAGCGGCAUGCAUGCAGUGGUCCGCUGCGUCCCUGGAUCUCAGUUUGCACGUUAUGGCAGAGCACCUGCACCGCCUGCUGUCCCGGUAAGAGUGGAGGAAGAACCAAGACAACACGAAAUAAUGUGAAAACUAAUUGAUAAGCUUUUCUGAAGAGAAUAUGGUCACUUACUCCCUUAAAAAGACAGAUGUCCACGGCUCUCCAAGCUCAGGCAGCUAAAGCUACAGACAGAAGAGAGGAGACGUGGAUGUAUUUAGAAAAAAUACUCAACUUCAUUUGUUAAAAAAAUAAAAGAAUAAAAGACACCAUGGUACUCUUCAUUUAAAGAAACGCAAUUAACACCAAUAAGUUAAGGAAUUUUGCAGUAAGGAGUGAGAACAGCGUACAAAAAUAUAUACAAAAAGGGAAACAUUACAAAAGAGUUUGUCCUUAGAGAGGGUUCAAGGGCAUGGUUCAACUUGUUGGUAAAUGCUUACUUGUUGUUUUUUUCUCCAGAGUUACAUAACGAAUUUGGGGCUGGCCUUAAAUCUUCAAGUUAAUUAUGAGGCUUCAACAAGCAACUGGUUAGCUUGACAUCAAGAAACCGCUAACUUGGCUCUGCACUAUUUUAGCAACAUCUGUCUCCCACUGCCUCUAGCCCUCUAUAAAUUUACUUCAUACAUCUCACUUUUUUUUCUUACGAGACCGAAAAAAAAAGCACAAAAACUGACAAAUGACAGUGAUGGUUUCUGUUGGUCCCAACUGAUGCUCCGUUGGUUCUCUUCAUCCGAGCUGGUGCUGAAUUACAUUUUUAAACUUAAAAGCGAAGAUUUAAACAGUUGGUUUGAGAUUAAAUCCCAUUUCUUACCACUCGUGUCUUUUUCUUCCAGCCUGUUGUGCGUCUAAAGGCCGGGGCCAGGCUUGGAGAGGGCCGUGUUGAAGUGCUCAAAGAGGGGAAGUGGGGCACCGUAUGUGACCACCUGUGGGACAUGGCUGCAGCCAGCGUGGUCUGCAGAGAGCUUGGCUUUGGAUCGGCCAAAGAGGCCCUCACCAAGGCCCAGCUGGGACAGGGUAAGAUCAGAGGCAUAGACAGAACCACACACGUAGUGUACUACAAGUCGGACGGCACUUUGAAGUUUUAUUUUGGUGACACAUUUACAUAGCUUUACUCACCAUGACUGUCAAGGUCAAAGUGGGUGAUGGUUUCUCUAUGGUGGGAAAAUUACCUUAUUCGUAUAAACAUAAAGAGUUAAAAUAAGCAUCAGGCUACUCCUCUGAUAUCCAGUUUUGUGCUAUUGACUUUGUAUCAGUGCCUGAGUUCACCAUGCACUAUGAGCAUGAUCAGUUGAGCUCUUUUAUCCUUCAGACUAAACAUUUCACUGCCUAAAUAUCUGUUUCCAAACGCGGCACUUUAAGAACCAUGAAUCCAAGUGGACAAAUAAACUCAGAGAAACUGUUUACAGUCUGACUUGUACUUCUAUCAGAGAAGCUGAUAGAAGUAGAAAAAAAAAAUCUCCCCAUGACCAAAUUACAAAAGUACAAACUAUUUUCGGAGGUUGCAGUGACCCAAACAAUGGCAUGUGCAGUUGUCAAAAUAAAUCUGUUGUAUGUGAAAAGCUGGCGCAGCUUUGAAACCAGGAUGUCAAUCCAUUAUCACUGAGCAUGAUUGCAAGACUGUGAUUACUCUGACAUUGCCUUUGUUCUUGGACUAAAAACUUGGCAAACGAAUUGUGAAGCUCAAACUGUUUUAAAGAAAAUUCUAGGAAGCAGACCCCACUUUCACAUGCUCAGUUAUUGUCUUUUUUUCUUACUUAAUUCCUCCUGUUACUCUGUAAUCACAUUCAUUUCCUCCCAUUAUCUUUCUGCACAAAUGAGCACAUAGCAUGCCCCGUAAUGGUGGCUGCAUUUCCUUCUCACUACUUAACCUAAUUAAGUAAUGCAUGGAAACCACUUGUGUGUUACUUUAGGGCUCUAUUAAAGUAGGUGCUAUGGGCUUGUUAUGUCUGAAUAAUGAACAUGGUUAAAAGUCAAAUUGGAGCAUUGUGGCCAACGACGUCUCGGGCCAUUUUACCAGACUUGUGUGAACGUAUAAAAUAGUGCGAGUUGUGUGAGAGCGACUUUAAGACGAGCAUUUUGAAGCAGGACUUGAUGACAUCAUGAGCUAUUUGAGGCCUAAUUAUAGGGCUUCAUAGGUGCUCCAGCGAGGUCCUCACACACCUACACAAACAUAGAUGUGUUCAAAGAUUUUCCUCAAUUUUGGGAACUAUUUUGGGUUAUAAAGCAUGGUCCUGAGUAUACAGUAAUUUAGUCAGAGAGCCCUCUGGCUAAGCUCAGUUUCAGAGCCACAUCAGAGGUCCGGAUCAAGUCUGGGUUUUUAAUCCAACUCUGGUGACAUCUGUGGCUGGAGAGCCAUCAGGUUUAAGAGUCUUUUAUGUACCAUGUGUGUCUAACUGGGUCUGCCUUUUUUUUAUCCGAUGGUUAAGGAGACAUGUGAAUCAAUCAACUGUGCUCUGUUCUGCAGGUACUGGUCCCAUCCAUAUGAACAGUGUGCAGUGUACAGGCAGGGAGAGGUCCGUUACUGAGUGUCACUUCAGGCCAGUGCCUCUUUACUCCUGCAAACACAAUCAGGAUGUGGCAGUCCGCUGCAACGUGCCCAACACCGGCCUUCAAGCGACAGUGAGAAAAACAGCAUUCAGCGAAAUACCCAGCAUGAUACACAGAAGAGCAUGCAGCAUUGACCAAAUGACAAGAAUAUCCUCUCUCCUAAACCUUCAGGUUCGUCUGGCAGGAGGCAGAGAGCCAGCAGAGGGCCGUGUGGAGGUGCUGAUGGAAAUCGGAGGAGUGAGACGCUGGGGCUCUGUCUGCAGUGAGAACUGGGGCAUCAAUGAGGCUAUGGUGGUCUGUCGCCAGUUGGGCUUGGGCUUUGCUGCAAGGGCUCAUCAGGUAAAAAGAAAAGCAAAAUCUGAUCCUUAUGGUUUAACUCCCUUCUGCCUCUGUCUUUAAGCUUUCAUCCCUUUGUUCCUAUAUUUCUUUACCCCCCUUUCUCUCUCUCUCUCUCUCUCUCUCUCUCUCUCUCUCUUGGUCCUGCUGUUUGUGUGUCUGUGCUGUGUUAUUACCGAGGCCUGAGGUAAUUACAGGCUUCUCAAACGUCCACUUCCAGCACACUGAAAAUAAAAGAGGGAAAGUGAGGCGAAGAGAGAUCAGGAGAAAUUCACAGAGCAAACAAACUGAAAAUAGAACCGUGCAUGGAAAGGGCAGCGUGAGUGUGUGAGGAAGGGGGGGCUGCUGGGAACAUUUAACAGGCAGUUUAAGAAAUGUGAAAAAGUGUGGAAAGAUGGGAUCAUGUGAGCUGUUAGUUCUUAUUAAAAACUGAGUUUCUUUGUUUAUAGAGCAGGCUGUUAUUUGCCUUGAGCUGUAGUAUUUCACACGGUAAAUUGCCUGUUCUUAUAUAGCAUGCCAUGUAAGUUUCCUGCCAACUCAGAGAGCUUUGUGCUUCAUUUCAACAUUGACCCCAUUCACACACAGAAUGACAGAGGUAGCUUAGUAAGUAAAUUAAUUCAGUCUUCAGUAUUUUGCCCAAGAACGCUUAGAGAUGCAAGAUAAAGGAGCCAAUCUCUGGAUAAGUGAACGGUCUGCUUGACUAACACGUCACAAAUCAGCUCUUUGUUCUGUCCAUGUGUCUUUGUUUAGGAGACCUGGUACUGGCCCGGUUCUUCAGAUGCCGCAGAGGUGAUUCUUAGUGGAACUCACUGUAUCGGAACCGAGAUGUCGAUCCAGCAGUGCCGCAGAAACACCAAUGUCUACUGUCCCAGAGGAGGGGAUGGCAGAGCUGCAGGAGUCACAUGUGUAGACAGUGAGUCCAAGACCAGCAACCCUUUGAGUAAAGCCGUAACCUUUUUUUUGCAAUGAUGCUUAUAUUCACCCCGUAUCUUUGCACCUUUAGCUGCUCCUGACCUUGUACUGGAUGCGCAGCUCGUCCAAGAAACAGCCUACCUUGAAGACCGACCCCUCCACCUGCUGACCUGUGCUAAUGAGGAGAACUGCCUAUCCUCCUCCGCAGCCAGGAUGAACUGGCCCUAUGGACACCGUCGCCUCCUGCGUUUCUCCUCCCGCAUUAUGAACAUGGGCCGUGCUGACUUCCGGCCCCGUGCCUCCAGAGAAAGCUGGACGUGGCACCAGUGUCACAGGUAAGACCGCUGUGUUUGAUCCGUUCAGCCCAGCUGUGUCACGAAAAGGAGCUUUCAAGUUUUUAUUUUGAAUCCACAGCUGCUCCUUUUAUGCCUUCAGCCAGACGCAGAAAAUGUGGUGAUUUUAGUUGUUGCAGGGUUUGGCUGGAAAAGAAAAGCUGCAUGAUCUCCAACAUGGCACAACAUUUGGCAUCAUUAGAGGUUGCACAAGAAAAAGAGGCAUUUAAGGGAGAUUCAAGUUGCUACCAAUGGUCAUAAAAUAAACUGCCUACAGAAAAGGAUGAAUGGGAAUUUAGACCUUGGCGAUGGGAUCACCGGGUGUAGAAAAUCCUGGCAAUAUUCGAAGACCUGAACUAAAAAUAACCCAAAGUCUGUUAUUCAACAUAAUAAAAACACAAUCCUUAUCCAGCAAGAUUUUGUUUACAAUAAACAUCCUUUUCACUUAGACCCAGUUGUUACUGUCACUAACCAUGACUGCACUCGGAGCAGCCUGGCUCCUUAUCUCAGCAGUUGUGGUUCUGUGUCCUGAAUCGAGAGGCUCAGCUUGGUGUCUCUGUGAGCCACAACCCAAUCACUACCUCAGCAACCAGCAAACACAGGGUUUGACUGUUAGCUUUUUUGGUAGAGUCUGUUCUGGGAAUGGUUUCAUAAAGAAAAAAAACUGACACCAAACUGAUAUCUCCCUGCACAUUUGUGCUUAUUCAAUUCAAAGCAGCUCUAGCUUUUAGACUUAGACUUAGAUAACUUUAUUAAUCCCACCAGGGGCGAUUGAUUUGGGCAGCUUGCAUACAGUCACCCUAGAGAAACACAAGUACACAGAACAUACAUAAAGUAUACAGAAUGGAUAAAAGCAAAAUGCUGAGAAGUGCAGUGGAAUCAAGGAUCAAUAAAAAAUUGGUAAAUACGUAGAUUACGAAGAAUACUGUCAAAAAAAGAGUUUUAUUAGUUUUUUCUCUGUCAUUGUUGUUGGUAAAGUUGAUAUUGGAAGCCCUGCCCCUUCUUAAUUUUAAUUGGUCAUGAUGGAGAAGUAACCUUGAUGAGUACGGUCACUGAACUAUUUUCACUAGUGUACACAGACCCUGAUUAUUCUUUAUUGUAUUGAUCUUUCUAUUGUGAUCCAAUUCACAGACAUUACCACAGCAUUGAGGUGUUCACCCACUAUGAUCUGCUGACCCUCAAUGGGACCAAGAUAGCUGAGGGUCAUAAGGCCAGCUUCUGUCUGGAGGACACCUACUGCCCUGACGGUAAGAAAAAUGACAGAUUUAUGUUGCAUAAAUCAACCACUGGGGUUGAGUAUGGAAGAAAAAGCAGAAUCGUGACAAGUUGGAGACUACAUGAAAGUGCAAAGCACAAAUCCCAUAAUGAGCAUUCAAAGCCAGUGGCGGGCUGUAGGAUUAGAGGCCAAACCUAAAUUGAUCUUGGCUUUACAAAACACAGACAGCAUUAUACAGCCCAGAUCCUUUCUAUUCAUUUCAGAGUCCUAAAAAAGAUUGGGUUUUUAAAUCAUGUUGUUAUAAUUUCAGGUUGUUCGUAGGAAUUAAAAUCCACAGUGACUGGCUGCAAAGAAAAUUUACACAUCAUACAGUCGUCCUCUACCAUUUAGUUUUGCUGAUGUCUGUCCAUGGUUUCUUUUUUUUUUUUAUUUGUCAGGUAUCCAUAAACGAUAUGCCUGCUAUAACAUGGGACAACAGGGAAUCUCUGUGGGCUGCUGGGACACCUACCGUCACGAUAUUGACUGUCAAUGGAUUGAUAUUACAGACGUCCGCCCUGGUGAAUACAUCUUCCAGGUCAGAGGAUUUUUUCUGUUCAAACGAGAACACCUCUUCAUUAAUUUUACAUCACUUAAUUCUGUUUUAGAGUGUGCACAGCUGUCCUCUUGACACAAUGGUUACCCUAAUGAAAAAGCAGAGAAAAAUUACUCCACACCCCAAUUUGCAUGGUGAAAUAACUUAAUUUCAGAAGGUUUCACAGUCUCUCCGUUGAGGAAUUACAAGAAUUGAAGUUAAGCAAACACGUGGGUAAGUGUUUCAACAUCUGAAGGUGCACAUGAGAUAAAAGUGGCGAUAAAAGACUGUAAUUUCAGUAAAUAGCUCUUGGCUGUUUCAGGUGUACAGCAUGUAUGUAGUUUUAGGGGUGUGUGCAUACUUAAGGAAAGUGAAUUUAGUCUGGUUUUAUAUAGAAAGUAGACCUGCUAUUAGUCCACCCUUCCAGAAAGUACAGGCUUAUUGGCGGAGGAACAGCUCAGUCAGCGUUUUAUAUUCGGACAAAAGCUAGAUUUAUGUUUGAUGGCUGGCUAUCACACAGUUAGUCAGUUUCAAGACAUCCAAUCGGCUGUCUGACCUUCUCAUCUUCCAUCCCUCUGUGUUAUUUGUUCUAUUUUUUCCUCAAAGCUUAGUGGCAACAUAGUGGUGCUGUUUACAGUUAUUUUCAGAGUGUUAACACGAAUCAAGAUGUUUCAGUUAUACUCACACGUGUAUGUUUGCAGACUGUAUGUAAACUACAUGCAGGAGUGGUUUGACUGCACUGUAAGACCUCGUGCACGUGCAGGGAGCCACGUCUCAAGAGAUAAAACCCAACUAUAUGUCAUAAAGUAGAGAUUUGUUGCCAUGACAACGUGACCCAGCCGCACUUUGUGGUCACGAUUGUGGUUCAGCAGCAGUUCAGCUGCUCAUAAAUUUGUGUAAGAAAUGAAAGAUGGAAGCAGGUCAUAGAGUGCUCAUCUCUUACGCAGUAGGGUGUUUCUUGUAGUCUUUACCAAGAAUGACAGGGUAGCAGCCAUUUUUAGGACCAUACAUUUAAGCUGAUGAGUCACGUCCACCUCAGCGUGAUUGCUCCUGAUUGCUCCGUCAUUUGAAAAUCAGCUGCACAACCUCAUACUUUUUUACAGGAUGGUGACGACCUUUCAUUGUUCUGUAAAAUAAUCCACGGGCUCUUUGUUUCACAUUAUUACAAGAGCUUUAAAAGGGAGAGCAACCACCACCGAGUUAAUAUAGUGUUUUACACCAGAGCUAUAAAAUAUACGCUGAAACUAUUGCCUGCAUUCAAUGUACAAUAAUUAAAAAUAUAUGAAGUUUAUGAAACCAAAUUUAGGGUGAAAGUGUUUUUAAAAAGAAUAAUGAACAUGAAUAUCUUUCAUUGGAUACUGUUGCCUUUGAAUCAAACUUGAACCACUACAUUUACACUGUGCAUUUAAAGAAUUAAACUAGGUUGCUUUGUUGAGUAUGUGGUUGAGGGAUUUGUUUGAUGUGUGUGUCAGGAAAAUUCAUUUGUGCACUUUUUUUAUAUAUGGCACACUGGCAGACAGGGUGGAAAACAACAAACCAUGGCAACCAACCAUGUCUACAGCCUAAUCAUAGGCUUCAACUUAAACUCAAACCCAAAACUGUCAUCUGCAUCUCUGCCCUUUUUUUUUUUCGUGCAUGGAGAUAACGGUGGAAAGUGAUGUCAUGCAACACUUGAACCUCUAGUUCAUGCAUCAUGAGCCAUAUAGGGGGAGAACAAUAAUCCUGUGGCUUCAUGGUUUGUUCUGUUGAAAAACAGCUGUUUCCUAACAGUUUGAAAUGAACUGUUACUUUCUCACAUGUUCCCUUAUUUCAUUAAAAAUAUACACUAUCCCGGGUUUCUGGUCCAGACUUGGACAGAAAUAUAUUUCUCUGGCAACAAAGACUCAUAAACCGAAAUAUGUUAUUUAUACACUUCUUAAGCUAUUAUUUUAAAAUGCACACUGUCAAGACGUAUUAUUUGAAAGUUAAAUCUGGAGGCAUAAUUUGGCUAUUUCCAUCAAAUCCAGGCCAGCAGUUACCUUCACUUGUGGUCUUGAUACUGCUGUUGACGAUGACCUCAAUUUGCCGCACACUUGUUUUACUUAGAUUAUAGCUGGGUCUCUUUAUUCCUUUGUUAUCAAGUGGACAGGACAGAAAAACAGUUUAAAAACAGGAAAGAGAGAGAGGAAAUGCCAUGAUGGAAAAAGGCAAGUAUGAGAGUUGAACUUGAGGCUGAAGUUGAACCUCUACACAAAAGGACAGAAAAUACAUGCUUUCAUGGUGCCUUCAGACAAAAUCUCACCCUAAGGACUUCUGACCAUCAAAUGUGUUGUUUCUGUGAAUAUAUAGUGCUAAAAAGGUAAACUGGGCCUUUUUCUUCAGGACUUUACCCGCACCUACCCCCUCGUACAGGUUUCAGGCAUUCAAAAUUACAAUAUUACUAUGUCAUACAGUUAUAUAAACAUCCUCAACCUUGAAAGUGCUUUUUUCUGCUUUUAUUUAUCAUAAUCAGGCACAAUUGUGAAUUUCUGUCGGUUUCAUUCGCAUCCAAAAACUCCAUAUUGAAGCUUUUAGCAAACUAAAAAAAGACAAAAGGACAUUUAUGUGAAUAUUUGUGAAUAUAUCAAUUAACACAAACACAUACUGAGUAACAUCAAAACUGGUCUAAAUUACAGUUGUACAUGUGAAUUUACUCACUUCAUGCCUUCUUUGUUUUUACUUGAUUUAAUAAUGUUUGACGUUUUGCACUCAAACACUUACAGAGAGUUUGUGAUGGGGCUGAUCCCCUCCAUCAUUCUUAGUUGUUAUUUCUGCCUCUGGAAUACCUUUGUCAUGAUUACUGUAACUAUGAGGCAUCCCCACUUGGAUGUAAAGAUGAGUUAAAUUGUAAAUUGACGAUGGUGACAGUCUACUCAGCUGGCUCAGGGGUAGAAUAUGGCCUGUAUACCCCUCAUCUACAUGCACUUUUGAUAAUAACAAGCUGAUGAUACCUGAACAGGUCACACAGAAAUUUCAAAAGGAUGGCUGACUUAAUUUUUGCAGUAUUUCAUCUGUUGUCUAUGUUCUUUCACAGGUGGAAGUCAAUCCUUCCUUAGACAUGGCUGAGUCUGACUUCCAAAACAACGUGAUGCGUUGUCGCUGCAAGUACGAUGGAGCACGAGUUUACAUGUUUGGAUGCCAUGCAGGUAUGGUGUGAAGAUAUGUUCAGUGCACCUAAAUCCUCACACUAUUCCAUCCCAGUCCCGCUUAGAUUCAGACAUUUAUGUUUCCUGUUUUUUUGUCUGUUUUCAUCAGGUGAUGCCUACAGUGCUGAGGCGGAGGACUUGUUUGACCAUCAACGUCAGAUCUCCAACAACUUCCUGUGAAUUAAGGAAUGAGCAUAUUUAAGGACAGCACAACUGAACAACUCCUCAGCACACCUCAUCAUGUCAGGGGAAGAAGUGUGAAUGACAAUGACAUGCCAGUGACUUGAGAAAUGGGGUCAGAGGGUGGGAGGCUGGGAUUCAGGGACUUCAUACAAUCCCUUGACUUGUCAUCUGCAUUGACUGUUUCUGUUAGAAAGUCAAAAAAUACCAGAAGGAGGAGAAAGAGAGGACAAAAAAAAGAAAAAAAAAACAAAGUUGGCCAUUGCAAGCAUCAUGUCACAAAGAUAACACAUAGAGUAGUUUACAAUUUGAAAAAUGUGUCUCUAAUUGUUCAUUGAGUUUAUUUACCUUGAUCAAAACGUAACCACAGACAGUAAUGAAAUGAAGGCACAUGAGGAGGAAACAUCCUUUACCUUUACAGUGCAUCACCAACCUGUCGUCCAUGUAAUAUCAAUCGAUAACAAACUGUCUACUCUGUACAUGCUUCCUGUGCUUUUGUUGAUCAUUUUACAAAUGCAGUAUUUACUGUUGCAACUGUGUGGUUUUGGUUUUGAAUGACGGUGUUUUUGUUUUGUUUUUUUAUUUCAUGGUGCUAUUUUGCCUUAUUUGAAUAAAUAUUGUAAUGUAUUGCAAAUGUAUUGCCAUGUACAGUUUUAUAUUACCUCUCUGGAAUAUUGUGCUUUAGGUCUAAUUUAUGCAGAAUUUAAAUGUACUUUUUAGUUGAAACUUGUUUUGUAUUGUCACUUUUAAUUAUGAGAGAUAUUUUCACUUGUUUGUCCUUUAUCUGUUGACCACCAGUGACAUCAGAUGAAAUCUGGUUGUACCACCUUAAUGCGCCUUAAAAAGAACUGGGUAAUGGUAGUGAAAGAAUAAACGUCAGAUUGACAAACUG